UGAGCAUUUGGGAUCCCGUGCCCCUUGCAGUGGAAGUGUGGAAUCCUAACCACUGGACUGCCUGGGAACUCCCAGUACUAGACCUUUUGGAAGGAGUUGGAGAGUAGGGGUAGUGGCUCAGAAAGAGCUUCUCUUUCAGAAAUGUGGCUGCUAAGCCCCAGUUCCUGUGAUACUUGUGCUUGACAACCACAAACUUCAAAGGUGGGAGUCAAUCAUUUUGACAAGUAAGUCUCCUGAAGGGAACAGCUAGCAGGAGCUGAACCCUUUUUCCAUUUGGUCUCGUGGCAAAGGCAGAGAUCACACCAGCAGCUCCACACAGUAUGAUGUGCUCACUAGUGCCCUCUGAACAGUCUUCUGGUACCUCUCUCUUGCCUAAAGACAAUGCCCCAUUUUCUUGGGAUCCCUUGGAUGAGGAUGGAUUGGAUGACUCCUUGCUGGAGAUGUCUGAUGGAAAAGAUGAUGGCCAUUUCAGUUUCAUGGAGGAAGAGAUUCAGGAGCUCUUGAAGGAUGAUGACCUAUCAAAUGAGCACUUUUCUUGGGGAGGAGGCUUGCCUAACGAUGACAGCAGGAAUGUUGAGAAGGGAGGGAAAGGGAGUCAAAUUCCACUAGAUACUCCCCAAGAGAAAAAUUCAUUGUACAGCUUGGGACCAGAAGCUGAGACCUCUGGCCUCUUCAAACUACCUCAACUAAAUACAUCAGUUGGUCAUGGACCAACUCCUACUAAAUCAUUGAACAGACACUUUGCACUAGAAAAGAAUCUUAUAAAAGUUACAGUUGCACCAUUUGAUCCAACAGUUUGUGAUGUUGCACUUGAUAAGGACAAUACUGAUACAUCCGAAGUUACUGAAAAACCCUCCUCCCUUGGAGAAGAGAUGAGAGACGAUGGUCUUAGCCUAAAUGAGAGCACAAUUUUCACAGAAUCUGAAGGGAUCAGCUCCAAUAAUUCUGCCUAUGAUGGGCCCCCACUCCCUUCUUCAAACAGUAACUUUCAACAAACUGUCUCUGAUAAAAAUAUGUCUAACAGUAAGAAACCUACACCUGUAACCUCUCAGAUAUUGAACCAUUCAGAGACUCCUUCUAAUACGGGGUCAUCCUGGAGAAAUGGAUCACAUAAAUCAAGUUCUGAAAUGAGGUUUCCAGUUGUUUCCAGUUCAUCAAACAAAGAUGUUCUUGACAAGGAUUCUGGGAAGCUGAAGGUCCAUGAAAAAAGACGAGGCAAAGUCAUUCCUGUUCUGCAAACCAAAACAAGGACUAAUAUUCUGACGUUUUCACCAUCAGAUCUAGAAAAGCAGAAGCAAAGUUAUCUCAGGAAUGUCAUUGCUCAUAUAGAAGACCCAGUGGACUCUAACCAAGGUACCCUGGGGGAGCUGUGUGCCUUGAUGGAUCACGUUCAUCACAUGCAGAACCCAAAAUGGUAGCAUCCUUCGGACCUCACCAGGUGAAACUACGCCCGGUUCCAACACAAAUCUCUGCAAAGAUACAGUCUGACUCAGUGGGUUGACGGGAACAUGCAAAGCCACCAUUGGUUCCAGCGUCUACCAGAUUUCCUGUACAGUCCAUUUGUCUCCUCCCAUCAGCAGUGAAGGUCCCUAUCCAGGGUCCUGUCCAGAGUAGCAUCUCAUCUUCUGCUAUUUUGUGCUUUGUAGAUUUUAAAAUUUAUUUUUCAUAACAUUUUUAUUUAAAGAACUUGUCACCUUUUGGAAAUGCCCAUUGCUGACUUGAAAUUUUUUGUAUAAGGUCCUUCCUGUUUGUGUGUGUCUAUGCAUUUAAGCGGUGUUGAGUUGAUAUAGUUUUAAUUUUUUAAUUUAAAUUGAAGGUGGCUGCCGCCUGAAAGCCAGCAUUAAGUCAAAACACCCAGGCUCAAGCAAAACACCCACCUCUGUGCAGAGGUGAAGUCUACUUCUGGUUCCCAAAAGAAAUCAUCUUUUAAUCUCCUAUGAGGAAGAGAUUCUUUAUCAGGCUGCAAGCCAGUGUUAAUUAUUGCUGGUGACUUAUAAAUGGAUACAAGUCACUUUUAGCAACCCCCCUUAUUUUUUUAUUUGAAUCUCCGAAUACCUGUCAGUAUUUUAAAAGUUGGUAAUCCAGGACAUCUGAAGUAGUUGAAAGGACAAAUUAAAAGCGUAGGGCUUCCCUGGUGGCGCAGGGGUUGAGAGUCCACCUGCCGAUGCAGGGGACAUAGGUUUGUGCCCCGGUCCAGGAGGAUCCCACAUGCUGCGGAGCGGCUGGGCCCGUGAGCCAUGGCCGCUGAGCCUGCGCGUCCAGAGCCUGUGCUCCGCAGCGGGAGAGGUCGCAGCGGUGAGAGGCCCACGUACCGCAAAAAAAAAAAAAAAAA